ACAGCAUCGUAUAAACCCGUUGACGAUAAAACAAGGGUGACAAUGAGCCCUCCAAUAUAUUACCCAGCAACCGACUCGAUAACCCCCCCAGGACAUGUCCCUCCCUCUUUCCCGUCUCUCUACUGGCCCAUAAAUCCAAACCCGGGAGAGGCAGCAUACCUUUAUAUACCCCGUGACGUAUGGAAAUUUACGCUUUAUUGGACUUUGAUAGUGUAUGCGGCUUUCCACCUUUCGGCAGGGGUUUGGGCUUUCGCGAUGAGGCCGAGCAAGCUCUCGAUCGGGGUGCCACUAUUCUACGUAGUGGUUGGAGGGAUUGAAGCUACGAUUGCUGGAAGUAUUGUUGGGUCUAUACUUGGAGCAGUUUAUCAAGCUGGGUAUUUUCGGAUGAGCACUUGGAUUCCUUUUGUUUGGUCGGUGAUAAACCUUCUGGUUUUGCUGCUAUCAUCAUUUUCUAUGCAAGGAGGAUUGUGA